GUUUCGAGUCAAGCCAAGCGCCAAACUUUUGGAACUUUGGUGAAUCGAUUGUUCUCCUUUCUUCGAUAUCGAAUUAGGGUUUCUGUAGAAUCCAGUUUUUGAUAGGAACAAUGUCAAUUUCGGUGGUUGAUAGCAGUCUCUGCCAUCCGACUGCGUCGUUUCCGUCAUCCAUGGUUCAUUCUAAUCGAUUCUCGAAGAGAAUAUCAGGGAACGGGAAUUGGGUUCGCGAAAGGAGAAGACUUUAUGUGAAAUCGAGUAACUCAGAAGGUAAAAAGGAGGAAGCAGCACAGAAAUCGAGCAGUAAUAAUACAUCUAGCUUCUUGUCUUUUCUCUGUCCAUUGCUUAAAGUUUUCUCUGGAGGUGAUCCUUCUCAACAGCGGAAUCAUGCUCUCGAGGUUGCAACUUCUUCAUUGGCAUCUGUUGCAAGACUUCCAUGGGGAUCUCGAGUAUCAACUGGGAGUAUAGAUAACCAGGAUGUCUCUUCUAAUCCGCCUUUGCGAUUGCAGCUUUUUGAAUUUGAGGCAUGUCCCUUUUGUCGGAGAGUGCGGGAAGCCAUGACUGAGCUAGACCUUUCAGUAGAAGUUUAUCCUUGUCCUAAAGGAUCUAUAAGACACAGAGAACUGGUUAGAAGAUCUGGCGGAAAAGAGAUGUUUCCAUUUCUCGUCGACCCGAAUACUGAAACUUUAAUGUAUGAGAGUGGUGACAUCGUAAAGUACCUAUUUAAACAAUAUGGAAAUGGAAGAGGCCCUUCCACAGGACUUCUGGAAAGCACCUUGUUCACUGGAUGGAUGCCAACUCUUCUCCGAGCAGGUAGAGGCAUGUCAUUGUGGGAUAAGGCUUCAACAGAUCUGCCACCUAAAAUGCUCGAGCUCUUCUCUUACGAAAACAACCCGUAUUCACGGUUGGUGCGUGAAGCACUGUGUGAGCUGGAGCUUCCCUAUGUAUUACACAACAUUGGAGAAGGGUCCACACGGAUGAAAUCACUUCUAAAUGCUUCAGGAUCCAAUAAGGUUCCAUUCUUGGUUGAUCCAAACACCGGUGUCCAAUUAGGUGAUUACGAGAAGAUUCUGGCUUACCUCUUCAAGACAUAUUCUUCAGCAGCAUUUGCAUAGUCCAUAGAACCUAUACAUCAUUAUUCCCAAGGUACAAGCUUUUGAGUCCACAUGUUUUAACAAUACUGAGAAACUGGUUGACAUGGAAGUUACAUACAUGGUCAAAAUCUGAACUUUUGAAUAUAUGAUGAGUCGGUAGGUAUCGCAAGUUGAUAAAAAUUACUGGCAUGUUCCCAGAUCUUUAGAUAGAAAGUUAGAUCUGAAAUGUAUGGAAGUUUUCUAAAAGACUCAACUUAUUACAUAUGACAAUGCAGGAUCUGGAUGCAUAGAUACAAGGCCCUUUCUCUUAAAACUUGUGAUGUAUAUAAUUGUGGUAAAUAUUGUAUAUCAAGACAAAACACAUGUCUUUUUUUUUUGUGUUUUGGUAUAAGAAUCUUCUCUUUCAAGCAUCAGUUUGAUAACAAA